AUGGUCUUUCUUGGAGCUGUAGUUUUGCUCUCGACCCUCAUCUGUGGUUGGGCCGUGGAACUUUCAGAACUUCUGCCGCUAGAGAAACGUCAAGAUCUUGAACCGGGAACUCCCCUCUACGAGUGCCAUGCAAGCUGUGGUUAUGCAAUUCUUAUCUCGGAGUCUUCGAACUACUGCUCGAAUUCUACCUUCACGUCGGAUUUGAGCUCGUGCCUCGAAUGUGCUCUGACGUAUGAUAUCUGGCAGUAUUAUGGCAGUGAAGUGUCCUCCGCAGCGACCGCAUGUGGUGACGAUGCGACUCCAAGCUCUUCGUCGGCGACUGUGAGUGCUUCAGCAACAGGAAGCCCUUACACCAGCACUGUAGUGGUAGCUACCACGUCUAGUACGGCAUUUUCUUCUACAUCAUCUACGGCUGCUAUUCAAACACCUGGUAGCCAGGCUGGUGCCACUGGCACUGCUUCCAAUGUCUCUACAACGUCUAGUGUAGCAGCUUCUCAAUACACGGGGGCUGCAUCAUCUCUAACCUCUGACCGCAAGUGGGCUUUUCUAAUUGCCGUUGGAGUUCUAGAGGUAUUUCACGCAUACAUGUAA